AUGUCUGUCGUCUCCGAAUCCACCAUGUCUAAUGAAUCAAGUUCAAACCCAAUCCCACCAACACAAACCGGAGAGUAUCAAAAUUUACAGCCAUCAUUCAAACUCAAUGGCCGCAACUACAUAGUUUGGUCUCAAAUUGUCCGAACCUUUCUGAAAGGAAAAGGAAAACUUAGCCACCUGACUGGUCCUAUACCGAGGGAAGAUGACCCCUCAUUUGCUGCUUGGGAUGUUGAAGACUCAUCAAUCAUGUCGUGGUUGUGGAACUCAAUGCAACCUGAGAUUAGUGGUACCUGCAUGUUCCUGACAACAGCCAAAGACAUUUGGGAUACCAUCAAACAAAUGUAUUCCAAAGUUCAUGAUGCUGCCUUAGUAUAUGAGAUCAAAACCAAAAUUCACUCAACCAAACAAGGUCUCUCUGUUACAGAUUAUUACAACAAAAUGAAGAUUUUGUGGCUUGAGCUCGACUACUACCACAACAUAAAGAUGAAAUGCAGUGAUGAUGCUGCAAUGAUGCUAAAGUUUGUUCAAGGAGAACGAGUCUAUGAAUUUCUAGCAGGACUUAAUGUCGAACAUGACCAAAUCUUCGGUCAGCAAAGAAAGCCUCUAUUGCAACCAUUGCAAGAAAUCAGGACACACAAAAGAAAAUUGUUGGAGGCUACGAGGAAAGGGGCAACGAGGAACAACCACCAAAUGCAGUCUCAACCUGGAAAUCAUCAAGCUAAUGUUGUCCAAGGACAACAGAAGGAUGUCACAACUGCUGAGAUUCAAGAAAUCAACGGGUUAAAUAGAGAAGAGAUUGAGAAACUUCGCAGCUUCCUCACCAUAAUCGAUAAACCAAUAGGUUCAUGCUCUAUGGCUCAGUCAGGAAACAAAAAAAUAAAAACUGCCGACGGAACUUUAAUUUCUAUUGCUGGAAAAGGAACCGUCAAACCCACUCCAACCAUGACUCUUCAUUCGGUUUUACAUGUCCCAAAAUUAUCAGUCAAUUUACUUUCUAUUAAGCAGGAUCUGAAAACGGGGAAGAUGAUUGGGCAUGCUAAGGAGGAGGAUGGGGUUUAUUACCUGGACACAAAUAGUGGUGGUCUUAGAAGUAGUUUCCUUUCUAAAGCUUAUUUGUCUUUAACUCUUUCUGCCAAUAAGGCUCAAAUUUGGCUUCACCAUGUUCAGAUGGGUCAUCCAUCUUUUGCACUAAUAAAAACAAUGUUUCCUUUCUUGUUUAAAAAUCUGAAUGUCAAUGAAUUCAAUUGUGAAAUGAUUCUCACUCAAUUUGGAGUAUGCAUUAAACAUAUUCGAUCCGACAAUGGUACCGAAUAUUUUAAUCAAGUUAUGUCUCCAUUCCUCACUACAAAGGGUAUCAUUCAUGAAUCCUCUUGUAUUGCAACCCCGCAACAAAAUGGGAUUGCAGAGAGAAAAAACCAUCAUCUUUUAGAAAUAACUCGGGCCCUUCUAUUCGAAAAAAAGGUUCCUAAAUUUUAUUGGGGAGAAGCAGUUUGCACAGCUGCGUAUUUGAUCAAUCGAUUACCCAGUAGAGUCCUUCAAGGUCGAUCCCCUAUUGAUGUUCUUUCUGAACAUUUUCCAGACCUUAAACACUCAUCCCUUCCAUUAAAAACAUUCGGGUGUGUUUCUUAUGUUCACAUUCAACAAAAAGACCAAUUGAGUAAACUUGAUCCGAGAGCCUUAAAAACCAUUUUUCUUGGAUAUUCUUCUACACAAAAGGGGUACAAGUGUUAUCAUCCAAGUUCUCGAAAAACCUAUGUCUCCAAACAUGUCACAUUUCUUGAAAACCAAGGGUUCUAUGAUCAAGUUUGUGUUCCAAGAGAGUCUAGCAUAGAUGACAAUACUCUAGAAUUUCUUUCUUUUGAUUUAUCUACUCCAAAUCAGCCAACUCCAACUCAAACACCCGAAACCCAACCAGUAAACUUAAAAGAAACGCAAUCCCAGCCUGAAUCCAUCUCAAGUCCACCUGAUCAUCAUCCCACCAAAUCAACCGAAACUGAUUCUAAAUAA